AUGGCAACAUAUCGAACGGGAGUUGGUGACGGCUACCCACAUGUCUAUAUGGUGGCUCAAAGCGCAUACGACGGCAUCCUGAGAGAGUGGCCGCUAACAUUCAGAUACUCAUUCACCGGAAGAAUCUGGGCGCUGGGCAAAAACAGCAAACACGAAGAAAUCAAUCGAUAUACCUAUCUGGAAUGUCUGGUGCGUUGUACAACAACAAAGGAACAGCCGCAGGAAUUGAGCAAAUGGGCUGGUGAACGGAUAUACGACGCUCAUGGCAGCGCCGUUGGUGGUGAUGUGAUAUCUGCCGGUGUUCUACUGGAAGCGUUCGGAAACGCCAGAACAACACACAACAACAACAGCUCGCGAUUUGGAAAAUUCAUAAGAAUUGAAUUCAACGAGCACGGAAAACUCCAGUCGGCACAGAUCGAAUGCUAUCUCUUGGAGAAGUCACGUGUCGUCAAUCAAGAUACUGGCAAUCGCAAUUUCCACGUUUUCUAUCAACUUCUAUCGAACGCGUUCCCGAAUGAGAUGCGCCGAAAGCUGCUGCUUACCCAAACGGCUGAUCGCUACAAAUUUUUGAAUCAGGGCAACGUUUGUGUUGACAAGGAAAUCGACGAUGUUGCAAAUGGUCUUCUUACCGAUCAUGCCAUGGACCGCCUGGGUAUUACUGGUGACGAAAAGUUCGAAGUUUACAGUACACUGGCAGCUUGUCUUCUGAUCGGCGAAAUCAAAUUUGGUGAACGCAGUGGCCUCGAUAUGAGCUAUGUCGAUGGAAAACAAGAAGUCGAUGCGGUGACGUCACUGCUUGGAUUGAAAUCGUCUCGCCUAGUGGAAGCACUCACACAACCGAGCAUACGUGUUGGUGACAAAGUGAUACGGAAGAAUCAGAACAUGCAAAAGAAGAAUUCGUUCGAGCAGUUGUGCAUCAACUAUACAAAUGAGAAACUGCAAGCGUUCUUCAAUCACUUUAUGUUCGUACGAGAACAAAGCGAGUAUUUGCAAGAGGGCAUUCAAUGGAUACAGAGCGAUUUCGCUCUCGACCUUCAACCUACGAUCGACAUUAUCGAAAAACCACUUGGUUUGCUUUCGCUGUUGGAAGAGGAGUGCGUCGUCCCGAACGGAUCAGACCAAUCACUUCUGCAGAAGCUUUGCACUACACUCGAAAAAUUCCCUCAAUUCAAGAAGGCGAAGCACUCGCAA